CAUUCCAUUUCUUUUCUUUUCUUUCUCCCCCUCAAUUAUUGCCGCUUCUGUCCAUCCCCUCCCCCUCCAAUUCCAUUCCAUCUUCAUCUCCAUAUCUUCUCCUCCUCGCGUCGGCAGUUAUCUCCUCGUUGAUAAUGGCGUCGUCGUCGUCGUGGUGGGUGGUGAUGUUGUUGAUGGUGGUGGCGGCGGCGGGGUGGGGCGGGGUGGCGGCGGCGACGGCGGCGGAGGCGGCGCACGAGGUGCUGCGGGCGCACGGGCUGCCGCGGGGGCUCCUGCCGGCGGGGAUCGCGGAUUUCAGGCACGACGAAGGGAGCGGGAGGUUCGAGGCGGCGCUCGGGGAGUCGUGCACGGCGCAGUUCGAGGUCGGGCUGCGGUACAACGCGACGGUGGCCGGGGUCAUCAGCUACGGCCGGAUCGCGUCGCUGUCGGGCGUCUCCGCGCAGGACCUCUUCCUCUGGUUCCCCGUCCGCGGCAUCCGCGUCGACGUCCCUUCCUCCGGCGUCAUCUACUUCGACGUCGGCGUCGUGUUCAAGCACUUCCCCCUCGCCGUCUUCGAGGCCCCGCCGCCCUGCACCCCCGACCCCCUCCUCCUCCUCACGCAGGUGUGUGAGGACGGAUCGGUCGCCGGCGGCGGCGCGGCGUCGCAAUGAAGGGGACGGACUCGAUGGUUGAAAUCGGCGAGGCGGAAACCAAAAGAAUGCGCAGUUUUGAGGCAUGGGAGUGGUCGGCCGGUCCGUCGCCGGCGGGCCGGCAUCUGUGCAGAUAGAUAGAAUGAACAUUCCUUUCGUUUUCUACUACUAGUUAGUAACCUUUCAUUCCUCAUCACUCUGUUCUUCUUGCCGUUCUUGUUGUCCAGUGCGAUCAAAGCCGGCCGACGGUGGCCGGUAGAGGAGGCUGCCGGCCUCCGGUCGCCGCCACGGCGAUAAUUUUUCGUGGUUAUGAUGGUUCGGGGAUUACAACGU